UUAUUACUAAACAACUAUUGAUAAACACACGAGAUCAGUUCGUCAUUCAGCAUUAUUCGUGGAGAAUGAAAUGACUUCAGAAAAGAGUUGUGAUUUAGAACUGCUUUAUUCUCCCAGUAAAUGGUGUAAAAGAUACAACACAUCGGAAGAAUGUAUACAAGAUCAUGUUAAAAUAAUAUCAGAAGAAAGUCAGGUAGUACGUUCCAGCGUACCUGGGAACUUGGAGGUAUCCUAUGGAACAUUACCAAAGGAAAAAUACGACUUGUUUGGGAUAGAUUUGCCGAAUAAUUCCCCAAUAAUCUUCUACAUACACGGAGGAUACUGGCAAGAGGAGUGCAUAAACAGAAAAAACUCAUCUUUCCUAGCAAAAACUUUCCAUAAGCAUGGUAUCAAAUCGUUCAUCAUCGGCUACGAGCUCUGUCCUGACGUUGGUCUAGACGAAAUCGUAUACCAAACACAAAAGGCGUUGAGAAUUUGUUUGGACUAUGCGAAAAGAAAAGGCUCAAGGGGUAUAUGCCUUAUGGGACACUCAGCCGGUGCUCACUUAGUAGCUCACCUCUUCACCAAGUUCGUCAAUACUUUACCACCCGAAGAUGUCAAUCUACUCAGAUCUGCUUACCUCAUAGGUGGCAUAUACGACCUUGAACCAUUAGUAUCUACCUCUUACAACAUUCCAAUGAAACUGACCAACGAGACAGCCAAACGCUACAGUCCGAUCCACCACAGGAUGUCAGACUGCGACACCAAAUUCUUCAUAGUCGUUGGCAAAAAUGACAGCCCAGCCUUCGUGGCACAAUCGGAAAUGGUCAACCGAAGGUUUGAAUCCCAAAAUAUGGCAACGAGACUACUGGUUAUGGGUGAUAUAGACCAUUUUGAUAUCAUAGAAAGAUUAUCUGAUGAGCAAUUCAAACUGACUAGGAUGAUUCUGAAGACCCUGACUGAAAUAUAUUGAUUUUUCUUUGCCUUUACCUACAAUUUUUUGUGUUGUGUGUUUCGAAUAGAAAAUCAUAUAUACAAUCG